UUGGAACAAAACCAGAAUAUAAACAAAUCUAAAAUGUAACAAAUGCAAUAUUGGAAUAUAAAAUCGAUCUUCUCUCUUUGUGUGAGCUAAUUGUUAUUAAAAUCUACAACAUCGCCUAGCAGCCACGAAUCUAAGCCAGUUUGCCGAUCGGUCAGGAGACUAUAAGUCGCAGCCAGUCGGAGCUCGCUCGCUGAGCGGUAAAGCGAUUUGCUUCUGAGCCGGAGGUCCCGGGUUCUAAUCAUGAUGAAGACUGGGAUUUUUAAUUUUGAGAUCUCGCAUCAAAAUGAUCCAAUUCACUAAGAAGAUUUAUCUGUCGGUGGCAUUGGUUUUAAUUGGAUUGACAGUCUUCUGUAUAUACAUCAAUCUCGAUAAGCUAAUAUUGCAGGGAGAGAAAUGUCUAAGCAAUUGUCCACAAGCUCAAGUGGACAAGAGUUUAAUACAUCUACCAAGCCUUCCACCAAGCCUUCCACCAAGCCUUCCACCAAGCCCUCCAAAAAAUGUAGACCUGGUUGAGACUUUGACAGAAUCACUGGUUCAAAUGUUGAAACAGAAAACUGACAUGUCACCAAGCUACGUCACUGCCAACUGUGACAACAUAUGGAUCGCUUGUCGGCCCGAGACCUGCUUCCGCCCACUGAGCCAAAAUCCUAAAGAAAGAAUAUGGGACAUCUUAUCACCAAAGUUGACAUUAACAGAACAGAAUCGUCAACAAAUAGUGGAGCUCUCCUCUACCAUACCAGUCAGUGACGUGAUCUUUGUGACUGCCACGUCCGAUAACCACUAUGACGAGACACAAUAUUCAGUUCACAAUUUACACGCAGUUGUCUACCCUAAAGUUAAAAAUAUGACUUUUGUUAUCUUUGAUAUUGGACUCACCCCGGAACAAAGAGAAAAGACAAUAAAAGCAUGCAUGUGUCACGUGAUAGUGUUUCCAUUUGAAAAGUUUCCAAGUUUCUUUAAAGAGCGAGGAUGUUACACCUGGAAACCACUCAUAGUCAUGGCUGCCAUGAUGAAGGCGAACAAGUUUGUCAUCUACCAAGACGCCUCUAUAACUUGGAAAGAUUCUGUCCUCGAGUUACUCGACAGGGGAGAUAAACUAGGCAUACAGCUAUGGGGAAGUAACUGGAUGCACAACAUUCCAGUAGCGACAUUGAAAGGGAUGUUUGACUAUAUGGGAGACCUGCCUUGUGCUUAUCUAAACUACACGCAAAUACAAAGUGGAAUUAUUGUACUUAAACAGACACCGUUUAUAGUCAGAGCUGUACUGGAACCGUGGGCCAAGUGUGGCUUUGAGAAAGAUUGUUUCUGUCCGCUUACCAAGGAGAACAGCGUGGACUGCUUUACCCCAAAGAAAGAAAUUCACAUGUGCCACAGGUUCGACCAAUCAGCACUGUCCAUAAUUACAACCAAAUUGUUUGCCACUGAACGGUACAGAUACCACAUGAAGGAGAGUGAAAAUGGACGGUAUGUCGUUAUCAACAGAUCCCAACGAGAACCAAAUUACUUCAAUCAACUCUUGAAAACCUUAUGAAGCUACUCAUUGAUAGGUUAUCCUUUAACUGUUACAGUGGUUCUCAACCUUUCCAGCUCGGCGACCCCCUAUUUACCAUUCCCCACCAUGCGCCGACCCCCAACCGUAAGAUAAUUUUUCUGGAGUAACUGCGCUUAGGAUAGUGUUAUAAAAAUUGUAAUCAUAAUGCUAUACCUAAUUAAACCCUGCCCAAGCUUUAUGUUUAAUUACGAAAUGAUUAAUAUGAAAUUAUCCUUUGACUAAAAUAUAUUUCUGCUUAUAAUUAAUUUUUUUUUCCUUAUUAACGUUCUUUGUUGCAGAUCCUUUUUUAAGAGUUGUUCCAUAAUACAAAUAUUCCCGUCAAUAAUAUGGACUAUAAAACAAUGGCCAAAUUAUUUAAUAUAAACGAAAAAAAUGCUAUUCAAAUACCUCAAGACGUGCGCGACUUUGACCAUAGAAAUAAUAUCUAUAAUUUAAAUAGUUUUACACUUCUAAAAAGAAAAUAAAUCCAUAUUUAUAUUAGUCCUAGGCGACCCCUGCAAAAUUGCAAAGGGGUCGCGAGCCAUAGGAUGAGAACCCCUGCUUUAACAUAUUAGAAAUGUUACCUCAUUUUUACAAAGCUUAUAUCAACUCUGUCUGUCUGUCUGUUAGGUAAAAUGUUUGUACAUGUUAUUUCUCAGACACCCUAAAUCGGAUCAAGCUGAAAUUUUGCAGAAUUAUUUCUUUUGCCUGAGAACACAGGAAUCAAUUUUAAAAAAAAAUAACUAUUGGUAAUAAAUUACUUUGCUGUUAGGUAUCUCAAACAAGGGAAAGAAAUAGUACUAGACAGAAGUGGGUGUCGGAGAUAUAACGUGUACAAACUUUGUUUGUUAUCUCGAACUAGGUAAAGAAAUAGUGCGUGACUGAAGUGGGUGUCGUUGAGUUGAUAUAAGCUUUGUAAAAAUAUUUUUAAUCGCACAGAUGUAUUGUCGUUGGUCUAGAUCAGUGAUUCCCAAAGUGGUCUAUAUAGACCCCUAGGACUCUUUGAAGACUUCCAAGGGGUCUAUGAAAGUGAAAAAAAUAAAUUGGGGGUCAAUGAGAUGCCCUUGGGGGUCUACGAUAAUGGAUUUCAUUUCAUUUCAUUUGUGACUUUAAUUUUCAAUCCCAUUAAUGUAAUUAUUUCCUACACUAAUAAACGAUUUGUACUUUACCAUUUCAAUAUUUAUCCUGCUAUUCAAACAAAAAAAUUGUUAUAUUUAAUUUCAAUACUUAUUUAAAGAGCAGGGUGCCAGGACAUCUGCUCUGUUAUCAGUAGCAGACGCCUUGGCUGGCUUGGCCACUUCGUAGAAUGCCAGUAGGUCGACUUCCACAGGACAUCCUGUAUGGCGAUCUAAUAGAAGGCAGGAGAGCCGCUGGUCGCCCACUUUUACGUUAUACGGAUGUAUGCAAACGCGACAUGAAGCUCUUCGAAAUCGACACUGGCAACAGGGAAGAGGUGGCACUGGACAGAUCAACAUGGAGAGAGAGCAUAAAGGAAGGGUCACAGAUGUCAUACACAACAGAAGCAGAAAGAAGGGUGAAAAUGCAACGGCGCCUGGUGAUUAUAUAUGCCCAACCUGAGAUCGCAGCUGUGUAUCAAGGAUUGGCCUCUUUAGUCACACAAGAAGUUGCAAAGGGAAAAGAUCGUCUCUUGAGAAUUAAAAUGCCACAGACUUAUUUGAAUAGCUUAAAUUUUGUCUACAUGUAACAAAUGUUUAGCAAAAAGAAAUGUAGACUGUACAGCGUUGAUUAUUUAAAAUGGAAAUUCAAGAGAUUGCCUGGGUGCCUCUUUAGGACGGUAUAAGACUAAUUACGUUUGAGGAUCAAUGGAGACGAUGCCAUCCUGAUAAAAAGAUACAAGUUUGAAAAUGAUUAAGUUCAGAAUAGCCCCCCACAAAAUCUCUCUUCAACAUCAUUUAGAGAAGAUGACGGUCUGUGAGUGUCUUACAAUAUCUCUUUGAAAACACUACAAGUAAAACAUGGAUUUUACCGGCCUUUGAAGUAGUUUUAAAAACUGUUUUUACACAAACCUACAUCUGAUAUAAAGGGCACAUUGGUGGUAUAAGUUAUAACAUUAAAAGCUUCUUAUGUAAUUCUUUACAAACGACAUAUACAGUUUGGGAUCAGCGGCGUCACACGGUUCUGACAGAGGGUAGUGCUGUUUGCUGCAAACUGCCUAAGGGUCGCUGGCUUUUUACUUUUCCUCAGGGUUGAUAAAACCUUCCCCCUGUUUGGAUACAGCUGCAAGGCAGAGGUUUGAAUUUAGUUUUCCUUCUGCUAUGUGGGUAGCAAGCCAAACUUAAUGAUCCCAUCCUGCCCGAAGUUACUGGUUUAGGCGCCAGCUACUCGCCUUCGCCCCUUCUUCUGGUAGUGAAAACAAAACCGUAUUUAAGCCACACGAAUACUUUUUACAAUGAUACUUAAAGCAAAAUAAUUCAUCAAUUAAUAGUAAAUGUGUGAAGGACUACUUUAUAGAACACCAGAUUCCUACUUGAAACAUAGUAUCCAUAGCAACGGUACAUAACAAACCAUUUCCAGUGUUUGACGAUUCCAGAAAUAAUUUGGAAAAAAAUGUACUACAAGUUAACCAGGGGGGUCUACUGAAAAUCAGAAAUUAUGGCAAGGGGUCUACGAGACAAAAAAAGUUUGGGAACCACUGGUCUAAAUCUGAUCCAAACUAAGUGAUAAAAAAUUACCGCCCGAAUAAGCUUUGUAUUAUUUUUUGUUUGUUUGUUUGUCUUUUCUUGUCAUUCAAAUAAAACUCAUUUGUAAACAUGA